CAAACGAACAAGUUUUCUCUCUCCUUCAGGAGGACUCGGAGUCGGAGACCCCCCCCUCUCUCUCUCUCUCAAAAUUAGCUGCGAACGAGACCCUCGUUCGGGUUUGAUUCCCACGAAACGGAAAAAACCCUAGAAUUUUUCUUGUUGCCUCGCCUGCUCAGAUGCUCUGUUGCUGAUCUUCUGUUGCAGGGAGAGUCAAAUUGAUUCUAUUUACUUAGUUGACCAGAAUAUGGAUCUAGAAGACAAGUUUUUAGCUAAAGUUUCCGGUAUCCAGAGUCUUUCUUCAAGUGUUCAGAGCACUCCUGAAAAAAAUGGGAAUUCGGAUGAUGCUUCAAAAAGUCCAGAUCUGCUGCAGGAGUUCUUAAAAUCUGGUCUGAAGAAGGAACUUCUUCGAACUUGCUUCGACAAGGACAAGAAAAACUCAGCCUCAUCAAAAAGCAAAAUGAGAGAACCUCUGAAACCGAACAAUAAAACAUUUAAGAAGCAGGAUCACAGGAAAGCCUCUAAUAGUCCAAGCAAUCAACCCUCUUCCAAGAAGCAAACGAGAAAGGGAGAUAACCCAAUGCGACUUCCUCCAGCCAUUGAACAGGUUUCAGAUUUUGGGCAUUCAAAGUCAUGGAUAUGCAAAAAUUCAGCUUGUAGAGCUGUCCUUUCAACCGAUGAUACAUUUUGCAAGAGGUGCUCUUGCUGUAUUUGCCAUGUAUUUGAUGACAAUAAGGAUCCCAGCCUUUGGUUGGUGUGCUCAUCAGAGUCUGAUAAUGGGGUAUUGGGCUCCUGUGGGUUGUCAUGCCACAUUGAGUGUGCUCUUCAACGUGAAAAGGCUGGAGUUGUCGAUCUUGGACAACUGAUGCAGCUUGAUGGCAGUUACUGCUGUGCUUCUUGUGGUAAAGUUUCUGGAAUUUUAGGAAGUUGGAAGAAGCAACUAGCUAUAGCUAAGGAUGCUCGUCGUGUUGACGUCCUCUGCCAUAGGAUAUGCUUGAGUUACAGGCUUCUGGAAGGUACGUCCCGGUUCAAAGAUUUGCACGAAUAUGUCAAAGAUGCAAAGGCCAAAUUAGAAACAGAGGUGGGUCCCAUCAAUGGCGUUCCUGCCAAGAUGGCACGGGGAAUUGUCAGCAGGCUAUCAGUUGCAGGUGAUGUGCAGAGACUCUGCUCUCUUGCAGUGGAAAGAGCAGAGGGAUUGUUGGUCAGUGCUUCUAAUGGCAAUAUAACCAGUAGAGAGGAGUCACGUCCUGCUGCUUGCAAGUUCCUAUUUGAGGAAGUAACUUCGUCCUCUGUCAUUAUUGUUCUGAUUGAAUUGUCUUCUCCAUCAUCUGACGACAUCAAGGGUUACAAACUGUGGUAUCAUGAGAGUGGAGCAGAAACGAGAGAAGAACCCGCUUGUGUCUUUCCUAGAGACAAGAGAAGAAUUCUGAUAUCCAAUCUGCAGCCAUGCACCGAAUAUUCCUUUCACAUGAUUUCUUAUACAGGAACGGGUGAUUUGGGUCAUUCCGAGGCAAAGUGUUUCACAAAAAGUGUGGAGAUCAUCCUAAAGAACCACAACCCAUUAGCUGCUAUUGGUGGCAACAAAGAGAGAGCCCUUGUUGAAGGAAGUUCCUCUGGUUCCAAUAUCAAGCCUGAGUCUACAGAUGCAGUUGCUUUUGCUGGUUUCAAGGUCCGUGAUCUCGGAAAGAUCUUGCACCUGGCUUCAGCUCAAGAGCGAGGAUGCUUCGAUGGAUUCUGCAGUGCUGACAUGGAGAGAUGUUGCGGAAUAAGAAAAAGGAUGGAGCCCAAGAAAGUUGUAGAAGAUUAUGUGCCAUCCGUUCCGCGUGAACUUGACUUAAAUGUUGCUUCUGUCCCUGAUUUAAAUGAGGCAGCUCCUCCUUAUGAGUUCUCCAGGGAUGAAGAUAACGGCUGCUUAUUCAAUCAGGUCGUUGAGGUGGAUGAUGAUGCUGCUUCCCAUGAACUCAGGAAGCACAAUGAAGCUGGACCCCUGAUGAUCGACUCACGGGCUUGGACGUGUGGGGCUGCUGCUGGAGAAGCACCAGGUGCAGAUUCUCAGGUCGAGCUGUGCAGAAAAAGAGCUUUGAGCAUGAAAGAAGAGUUGCACGAUUGCGAUAGUACUCUGAUAAAUGGGUCUCCUAGCAAUAUCUCUAGUGCUUCGGGAAGCGUGGACGAUAACUUUGAGGAUUGCGUCAAGACCAUCAGGGAACUUGAAUGCCGGGGUCACAUUAAUCAAGAAUUCAGGCUGAAAUUUUUAACGUGGUUCAGCCUAAGAUCCACGGAGCAGGAACGGAGAGUGGUUAACACCUUUGUUCAGGCUCUGAGUGAUGACCGAAGUAGCUUAGCAGGACAGUUGGUUGACACCUUCUCAGACGCGGUAUCUAGCGAAAGGCCGAGGAACGGGUUCUGCAAUAGGCAUUUUUUUUCCGCCCCUCUAAACCUCAGUUUGAAGCAAAUUCAUCCGUAUUCUAGGAGAAGCAUGCUGCCAACAAGAUUGUGGUGGCUGAUUCUGCAGAUAUUUCUGACCAUUCUUGCCGGGAAGUGGCUGCUUGCACUGGAGAAGGCAUUUUCGUACAUUCGGUUCAUUUGCAUUCGAAGCCCUAAAAGUUAGCUUUAGGGAAAUUGUUAGGGGUACAGUUAUUGGUUGCCUUUUCAUAUGGAAAAGGUGACAUGAAUGGCUCAAGAAUUCAGUUGAUUAGGCUCUUAUCUCCUUCUCCUAUUUUUUUCCCCCUUUUUAAUUGAGGAUGUGAUCUCAUUCUCCUUCUUCCUUUAAUGAUUAAUGACUGUCUUUAAAAGUUGUU